AUGUACUAUAAUAAUGGUUGGCCAAACCCUGGGAUACCACAAGCAACAGCUCCUAUCAGACCUCCCCAGGCCAAAGAAAAACAAAUCAUAAGCAUAACCAACCCAGAAUCAGGUCGUAACGUAACGGAUGAAAUUAUCACGGAAGAACAAUCAGAAGGUUCAGAAAAAUGCAGUGGAGUAAGAAAAUUUCCAAAAAUUAUUCUUCUAGUUUUAAGCUAAACUGAUCUAUUUUGAUGAGUGUAAAAAUUGUGUGCACUUUGGUUUAUUUGCUUUCCAGUUUAAACCAUUCUUAAUAUGUUUUGUUUCCCUUAUUAUAAAAUUCUUGUUGCUGAUAGAAAAAAAUAUCCAGAAGAGUCAAAUAAUAUAAAGGAUGCAAAGAGUGUGUUACUUCCAUUUUAGUUUUAAUUCUUCUUUUUAUUUCAAUCCCCUAUUUCUACUCAUUGAACCUUGUCACUCAGAGAUAAAAAUAGAAAAUGUGCAAAUGUACUACCCCACUGUACUUAGUUUUGGGGGUAUCAAGUCUAACCAAAACAUGAGGUCACCUCUACAUAAGUUGGCUCCAGCCGCCCUUCAAUGAAGAUUAUAAAGUAGAGCUUCGAUUUUUCAAAAUAUUUGGGACCUAAUUUAUUAGAAAAACCUAUUUUUUCCAAACACCACCACAAAGAGGUUAAAGAAGUUAGUGCAUAUAAUAGAAUAUAUUCUCACCUUAAAGCUAUGCUGCUUUAUUUUGUACUGUGUAUUUACCAUACCACCAAAGUCUGCCAAAUGCUGUAUAAGAAAUUCAACCAAAGACUGCUCUACCUCAAAAAACGGUACAAUAUUCGGCCUAAACAAACAAGUCGUUAACUUAUUCUACAGUGCAACAGUUGGAAGCCUACUUAAUUUCAGUAUUACCUGCACCGCUGGUGCGGGAAUAUUCAACGUCUGAUAUUAAACACCGCAUAAACCGACUAAUCAAGAAAGCUAGGAACAUAACACAAACUAAACAUCCUUCACUUGAAGAACUCUUUGAAGAAAGAUGUUAUUGUAAAACUAAACCCAUUUUAGAUGAUACAUCCCACCCUCUUCAUCACAUAUACUUAGGGUUGGCACGUUGAGGAUGAAUUCUUUCCGUCAGGGAGAGGACUGAAAUACAUACAAAUUCUUUUGUCCGCUUAGGAUAAAAUCCUAAGUUGUGAAUUAUGUGAUGUGCAUUAAAUACCGAGCUUGAAGAUCAAUUCAUCCCAGCUUGGUCACUGCAUGCACAGUGUGUAUCUGGAGUUUAACUUGAUUGUGCAACCGGAGUUGGAUUGGUCUUCUGUUGUUUGUACACCAAUGCUUUAAGCCAUGCCCAUUGUGUAUGAUAAUAAUAAUAUUUUAUAAAGACUCAGCCUGGCACUUUAAAUAACCACUGUUCUGGAUAAUCCAUAUUCAUAAAAUCAACACUCUAAUGCAUAUUGAUUUAAUCAUGGCAAUGUUGCAUAAUAGCAACUGAAAAUUUAACAAAUCAAUUUUUUUUAAAGAAUUGAGGAAAAAGAAAUGUUUAUUAGAAGAAAAAAAUAGACCAAAGAAUAUAUCUAUUACCCGUCUUUGUUACUGUAAUGCAAUUACAAUAAUUUAAAAGUUAGAUUAAUUUAUUAUUAUAAAUCUUAAUAUUAAAGUUUGGUCAUUAAUAAAUAAAUUAUUUUUCCACGGGAGUGGGUUUGCUUUUGGAAUAUUUUAUAAUUAAUUAAGAAAUCCGUUAGGUUCUCUUGUCCGUAUGUCCAACAUAAUUUUUGAUGUGCCCAAGUGAACCUCUCAUCCUGUGUCAGCCUGUGACUGCCUCUGGCUGACCUUCAAAAUCAGCUGAAGCUGGAAUUCACCUGUAGUGUGACUUCACAUCACAUAACAUCCUCCUUCUUCCACAGCAGAUGAUGGAUUGGUUGCAGAACAUGCAUCCUUCUCACUCAAGCCAUCUAUACUUUUUUUCCUUCCUUAGUUGUCACCAAGUGACCCUCUUAUCCAAGAACAUCAAUGAAAUAAUUAACAUUUUGUUUAAUACUAAUAGUAAUAAUUAAUAACAUAAACAAUUGCUGAGUUUUAUGCCUAGGUAAAGAGUUGAGUCACUUUACCCGCUCUUUUGUAAACAUUCUUUUUUGAAAAAGAAAAUAAUUUUUCUUUUGUUGAUAACUUAAAGAUUAAAAUUGUAAUGCUAAAAAGACAUGUCAUGAACAAAAUUUUAUUUAAAUUUUUAAAAAAGAUAAUAAACGUAGUAAACAGUAGAAAAUAAUUUUUAAAAUUCUUAAAAUGAAUCAUGCAAAGAAAGUGUGUUCAGUAAAUACCACAAUUAUUUUAAAAAAAUACAUAUUUAAGCUUAUUCUACAUUUAAUAUGAAGCUUUGGCUUCAUUGUGUGACUUACUAGCCUUUGGCAUUUUUAUUUGUGCUCAUUUGGAAUCACUUGGAUUGUUUACUGGAUACUGGUUUAUUAGACUUGAAUGACUAGUAACAAAUUAUCAAUCAACCUUUGAACUACUUAAAAAAUGCUCUGCUGAACACAGCAUACACAAAAUACAGCACAUUUCAGUCCUUCCCCAUGCAUGAAGAAAUAAAUUAUAGAAUAUUUCACAAAGAAUCAUGAAGCCAUAUAACACAUGAAAUUAUCAAGGACAUGCACCAUUCUUUAGAUACAGAAAAGCAACAACAUUUAAAUAUCCUUCAUUAAGCAACUCUUUCUAUUGUCUUUGAAAGUUAUUUCUUACUUAAGAGCUUUCUUCUUUAGUUUCUGAAAUGAUUAAAUUGAUUUAUUUACCCACGAUAACCCAAUGCUAAAGAUUCUCACCCUAUUUCCCCAUUUCAGGUUCACCCUAUCAAAACUUUGCUUGCUGGAGGAAAAACAAACAUUUCACGUGAUGUUACCUCUCAAAUUUUAGAAACCCAUGACAGGUCAUUAAAAAAGGCAGUGAAAAGCCAAGGUAAUUUAAAAUUAUUGCUUUUCCAUUUCAUAAAAGAAUUUUCCUUUCCUGUCUUGGGCUAAGGUACCAGUUGUUGUUUUUUUUUUUGUGUCUGGGUUUUAAUUGAAAAUGUAUUAGUCAAAAUAGGCUAAACUGGAGCUUAAAAUUAUCCAAAGCUCAAUAUUCAUUUUGUCCUGUAAAUGAUCUUGCUCACUCAAGGCCCCUAAUGCCGUGAAAUUUGAUGCAAAUUAGAAUUAUGAUUAUAAAAAGCUUUAAAAUUUCCUCUUUGUCAGAAUUCUCACUUGAGCUGAACUUUAUAUCUUUUGAAAGAGGGGAAUUUAAACAAAAAUUUAUUAAAUUUAUUAUAAAGAAUAUAUCAGUAAUUUUAUUUAGUAUCUGCUAGCAAAUAAUUUAUUCAACUGAAGUUAAUUCUUAGCUUUCAUAGUAUGAUGUUCAAGCAAAUCUAUCACCCUAAUGUGGUGCAAAUGACUGUGUUAGGGUAGCAAUACCAUUUAUUAACAGUAACAAAUAAUUCACAGGGAUGCAAAGGUCAUUUACUUGAAGAUUACAAGUUUCAUGACUUGACCUUCAUAAGUCAUACAUUAUUUUUCUAGAGGUAGACAUCAUAAAAACUCCUCUUCAUUAUAUACAGUUACAAAGCUUUUAUUAUCAAAAAUUCAAAAAAGUCAAUAUUUUUUAAAAGAAAUAUUCCUUAUUGUUAGUUGAUUUUCAUUGUGGCUAACUAUAAUUUUAUCAGAAAAUUAUACAUAUGGUUUUUUUUUUUUUACAUUUUUUAUAGCUAGUCACAGAUCUGGUCUGACAAACUGUGUAUACAAGAAGCCCUUUUUAACCUUUGAUAAUGAUAAAUCCAAGCUGCUUGAACUUCGAUUCUGUUUUGAAGCUUUGAAAAAACCCACAGGUCUCCCUGACUUCGAAAUUGUUCUCGAUGAGGUUUGUAUUAAAACAUGUUUUAUAAAUUUAAUAAAAAUUUUGAAUAUUAAGUUUAAAUGAUGAAUAUUUACCACAACACCUUAACUUGUGAUGGUUCUGAAACAACUUUAAAUCAAAAUAAUUUUUUAUGUAUUUGUUCUUAUUCCAAAAAUAUACUAAGCCUAUAGCUAAAUACAUAUUGGUCUUUCAAAUUAAGAUAAAUAGAAAAAUCAGAACAUUAGGGAACUUUUUCCAGAUCUGUGUGAUAAUAUCUAUGCUCUUAGAUAUAUAUAAAAAAAACAAACUUUAAUUUUUCAAAGUUAAUUUAAUAUUAAUCUUACAUCAAUGAAAUUUUAUAAAAUUAAUAUGCAUAGAGUGAGGGAUUUAAAGAAAUGAUGGUCAGAAAUUAAAAUUGACUCAAGAUAGAAACUCAGUGGUUGAGGUGACAUUGUAAUUUAAAAAUGUAAAGUUUAAAAAAAAAAUCUUCAGUCAUUCUAAAACUUCAUAUAUAUUAUUCACCUAAUUAGCCUAAUUUCCACUGAAUAGAUAAGAUAAAUUUGUAUGAUAAUAUAAAAGGGCCUGCCCCAUACUGCAUAAAGUGUUGAUAAAUACAUGUAAUUUAUAUUUUAUAUAGGACUAAAACUUUUAAAAGUCUCUUUUAUAGAUUUUCUAAAAAGGAAGCAUGAGAACUUAAUCCUGGUGUGGAUGAGUUUAAAAACUCUGACUUCACAGUACUGAAGAAUAUGUGACAGAUUCGUUUUUCAUUUAACACACAACUUUCAUUUUCUCUCAGCCUAAUAUUGGCCCCCAGCGACAAAAACGUAAAACUAAACCUGAGUUUCCUGAGUCAUUUUUUGAACAACCUGCAGAAAGAUGGAUGGUAGGUUUCUUUAUUUAUUUCUGUUAUUGUUUUCUUUUUUUAUAAGUUCCAAAGGAAACAUAAUUUUAUUCCCUCUCUGUUUAUACUAAUCAUUUCCAAAAUAUUUUGUCACUACUAAACAUUUCCAAAAUAUUUUGUCACUACUGAUUCUAUAUUAAUUUUAAUAUUUAUUAAACAUUUACUAGACCAGUGGUUUUAAAAAUUUUUAACCCACAGAAACCUAGCUUAAAUGCUUAGACACGUGUGAGGUGGUAAACUAAACUUAAAAAUAAGAAAUUAUGUUAACAUAAAAUGCAUUUGGUCAACUUCAUAGUCAACAACUUAUUUCCAUUAUUUUUUAAAAACUAUUUGAUCAAAGAUGUUUUAAAUAUGAUGUUACAAUUUUAUUGACAAAAAAUAAUCAUUAACAGCAUUGGUUUAAAACUUUUUCUGGUCGCCACCCCUUUGGAGUCAUAAACUCAUCCUUUGAACCCCCUUUUCAAACACCAUCAUAAGCAUUCUCAGAAAAAAAUAGUUUGCAUUACCCUCUUUGGAAUUGGAAGAUAACUAUGCAAUUAAUGGAUAAAUUGUAACAUAUAUUACAUUAUUUAUUAAAGGAUAAAUUAGAAAAGUUAUUUAGCAAGAGUUUUAGAUAUCUAACGUCUUCACUACUCAAACAUUCAUGGGUCCUGGGUGGCCGGUUGGUCUAAAAUGACUCGAACAAUCCCUAAAAGUAAAAACACUACCAGCAGCAUGGCUAUAUGGGGCUCGUUAACCUUGGAUGUCAACUCAUCUAAGAGAUGGCAAACUCUGAAAUCGAUCCCCGAGAUGGAGUCCCAUAGGCAGUAUGACAUGGACACGAUGAUAAUUCAGACAACUCCUGCGAUGUGGAAGACAUUAAGAGCACAGUGAGACAGUAGAAACACUGCUGGUCAUCUACUGCAUCCUGGUCUAUUUCCAGUCUUGCCAUUGGAUCAAAUAGGAAAGAACGAGAGAGUGAGGCUGACAAAUUGAGCAGCUCUCCCUCAAUUUAAACAAGCUUAAGUCAAGGAUACUUACUUCGAGUAAAUAGUAAAAAUAAUAUCACUCAAACAUUCAUAAUUCAAUGUAUGAAGUCAGUAAAAUGAUAAAAGUCUCUUCAGAGAAACUUAAUUCACUGUGUCUAAAUUACUAAUCUAUUUAUUUGCUUGGAGAAAAGUUUAUUGAGCUCACUGAAACCACCUUCUGGCAAAAAAAAUGUUGGGAAUGCAACAAGAGGCUUUUUAAACCACCUUCACAGAUCCAGGACAGCCAUAGAAAAUCACAUCCUGCAUCCAAUAUUCUGGUACUUUUUCUUAAAAUUUGGCUUCAGUCAUAAGAAUGAAUUUGUCCCUCCUACUGCGAUUCUUAUCAAAAGAAAUGGCAAAGAAUAUUAAGAAGCAUAUCCAAAAUAAUUGGAAUACACUUGCAGCUAAUCAUAUUGCAUCUCAACAUUCUCUUCCAGCUCAUGCAGUCUGGAAAUUAUUACGCUACAGCGUCCAUAGACCAAUGUUGCACUUUUUAAUUCUUAUACCAAAGUAAAUGAGACCAAUUUAUUUUUAAUACGAUUGACAUCAUUAGCCUGUUGUGUGUUAUGUCAGCACAAAGAGAAGCAUUUAUGUCUUCAAAAAUAUUCACAACUUCAUCAAAUAUCUUGUAAAACUUAAUCAUGCAAUUUUGCUUUUUUAAUAUUUUUUGUAUUAAAUGAACUUCAGAAAGAAGCAGCUAAUGUUUAAAAAGUCUAUGUUCUGAACACAAAAGGUCAUUUAUUAUCAAUCAUUGAGACCAUGGGCUCAAAUUCAAUUCAUUGUAGUAACAACAGUGUGGAAUCAGGCCUUCAUUGAGUUCUUUUCACAUCCUGAUGUUGAGGGUGAAUGGCACAAAGUUUGGCUAUGCAUCAGACACAACUGAAACUCUUGAAAAUGCUCAUAUCAGCCAAUUUUAAAAAAAAUUAUAUUAAUAAUAAUAUGAUUGUAAAUUUUUAAUUUGCCCUGACUUCCUCUAUAAUAUUGUUUAUUAUUAAUUAAAGAGUAAAUAUUUCUUAAACUAUUGGUCCUUGUUAGUUGCAUUAUUAGAGACAUGUUUAGCUAGUAAAAAGUUUGUAAGUUUUAGCAAUAAAUUAUGAUUUAAACAUUUGUAAAUCUACUACUUAAAAUAUUUAUUUUAAGUACCUUAGACCACUAAGAUAUGACAUUUAUAUUGCAGGAACAAGGUUAUAUUGAUUUGAAAAAAUUGUAACUCUAAUGGUAUGCUAAUUUUUUGGUUCCACACACUACUCAUGGCUUUCUCUUUUUUAUUUUUUUUUAUUUUUUUUUUUUAACAACCCUUUUUUUUAUGCUUACAAUUUCCAAUAUUUGCUUUAGUCAGGUGAAUAGCUGCUCCCUCUUUUCUGUUGUUUUGUUUCUUCUGAUAACUGUAAGAUACAUAUUUUAAAUUAAAACAAGUCAUAUAACUGAGACUGCAAAUAUAAAAAUAGAAUUAUCAAACUUCAAAUGACUUUUGAUAUCAAUCGACUGUGUAAUCAUAGUGAAAUUUUUUAAUUAAACUAUAUUUUAAAGCCCAAAAGAACAUUUAUUGAAUUCAGUGAAAAUACUAAUGUUUUUAAAGUAAGAUUAAUUUAAUUCAAACAUAAUUAAAUAAUUUAAAACUAGUUAUUUACCUGUGGGGGAAAAAAAUCAAGUUAUAAAUCGUGUGUGCUUUUGUUGUUUUCUUUUGUUAAAAAUGAUGUUAAGACCUCCAUGAAGCACUUAGUAGCCUACCCUAUGAAAAAAUUCCAGCAUCUUUCGUGCUCAUCCAUUUUUCAGGGUCAAAAAGAAUUGCAGAUAAAUUGUGAACUUUAUUGACUUUCAGGUUUUCAAAACAUUUUUUUUUUUUUUGAUAGACACCUGACAGUCAUUCAUUAAAAUUCCCUCUUACAAUUUGUUCAUAACAGCUUUGAAACCCACUGAAAUCUCUUUCAGUUGACAGUAUUUCUAGGUUAUUUAGCAUAUGUUUCAAAUUGUAAGUGUUUUCAUACACUUCUUUCACAACUGACUGUUGAGCUAUGGUAUUAAAAAAAGAUAGGUAAUGCCACAACAAAAUUAGUUAAUCUUUCUUCUAGCUACCCUUUGUACACUGACUGAGACAAAUAACAUGUCCAGUUGGCAAUCUGUUUAUUCAUCAGAUUUUACCUAACAAAAGAAAAAAAAGACAAUGUGGUGCAGAGGGCUUUCAACUCUAUUUAACAUGUGUCUGCUGAAUUUGUUCAUUGAUAAAAAUGAGUUCUGGAUAUAAAAAAAUAUCUGGAUUUGCUGGAAGGCAAUGUGUUUGUUAGGCAUAUGGAACUGUGGUGUUGGUUUUGAAAUUGCGAUCCUUAUUGCUUUCAUUUGCUCUCUGCUUCUUUCUUGCAAUUAAGUACAGCUAAGAUCACAUCUAGGCACACCAGGCCUCUUCAUGUUUUCAAACCCUUCUGUCUAUUAUGGUUGCAUUUAGAAAGAAAACUGAUUUAAAAUGUUAUUUUGUGCAAUGUUUAUUUUUCCCAUUACCUUAAAAGAAACUUAGAAUAUUAAAUCAUUGGUGGUAGAUUUCCUGGGUGCUAUUUUUUUUAUACUACAACUAGCUUCUCUUUCUUUUUUUUUUAAAUGUGGCUUCUCAAAGAAUUGUGCACCCUAAGCAACCACCCUCUUGGCACACAACACCUUACCCCAACAUUUCUGACACCAUAUUUAAUGCUUAAAGAGACUAUUUAAAAAAAAUUAAAUCCUCAUUUCAUUUUCUUUGUCUCACAUAGGGAAAGAAAAAUACAGAACACGUAAUUGGAAAUGACAGAAAGGCCUAGCACUAGUUUAUGAACAUUCCUUUUAGUUUUUAAUCAAAGAAUGGCAAGAUACAGAUCUGUUGCAAUAAGUGGAAAGUUUUUUUUUGAAUUUUUAUGAUUCUGUUUAAAUUAUUAGCAUUGUCUGUAUGACUAAGGUGUAUGUGGAUUGCACUUACAUAGUUCAAAUGGGACCAGCAGAUAAAAAUGAUGUGGCGCUUGCUUGUGAAAAUAUAUUUCAUUACUUAUGUGCUAUGAUAAUCAAAUGCAUAACAAAUAAAUAGUUAUACCCCAGGCAGUGAGACUUUGGUGUUGGAAUUUAUUAAGUUUUUAACUGUAG